AAGGGUCGAGUCUGGAUAAACUUGUGCGUCCUUCGACUGAUCCCUCGAUUAUUAUUACCUUCUACUAGUACAAGUAUUGGGUCAGUUUGUCCAUUUAUCAAGAAGAGAGCCCAAGACAAGGAAUGCAGUUUCUAGAUAUAUUUUAUGGAUGCAGGUUUAUUUAACUUAUAUGUCAAAUGUCUUUUUUUCUUUAUUUUUAAACUUCGUGUCUAGUCAAAUUCAGUCUGAACAUCGAUUGAGGGUUCAGGAAUUUUCUAAAUUGAAUAACUCAGCAAUUAUUGAAUAAGUAAACAGAGGAAUUAACACUAGCACCCAACCGUUGAAUAUUGUUUUGCUCAUGUGCUUGCAUAAUGGCUGGCUAGUGUUACUUAUUUGACUCUUUUUAACAUAACAAGUUAUUGCAUAAUUGCCUUCUCUCUCCACAGCUUCAUAUAAACCUCUGCAUCUUCGUCUUGCAGACAACCCCCCCCCCCCCCCCCCGACGUUUCUCUGUAUUUAACAUGCAAAAAGAGAUUUUCUUAAACACAUUAAUGGAUUCAGAGGGAAGAAAAGUGCCAAGAAUGAAGCUGGGAUCACAGGGUUUGGAAGUAUCAGCUCAAGGACUCGGUUGCAUGGGCAUGUCAGCCUUUUAUGGCCCGCCGAAACCUGAAGAUGACAUGAUCAAGCUCAUUCACCAUGCCAUUAACUCCGGCAUCACUUUCCUCGAUACUUCAGAUGUAUAUGGACCUCACACCAAUGAAAUCCUCAUCGGCAAGGCAUGCUCUGAAAGAAGGGAUGAGAGAAAGUGUUGAGUUGACAACAAAGUUUGGUAUUAGUUCUGCAGAUGGAAAAAUAGAAAUAAUUGGAGAUCCCUCGUAUGUAAGGGCAGCAUGCGAAGCCAGCUUAAAGAGACUUGAUGUUGACUGCAUUGAUUUGUACUAUCAACAUCGGAUUGAUAAGCGUGUGCCAAUUGAAAUCACGAUGGGAGAACUCAAGAAGCUGGUUGAAGAGGGUAAAAUAAAAUAUAUAGGUUUAUCCGAGGCUUCAGCAUCGACGAUUAGAAGAGCACAUGCAGUUCAUCCAGUAACAGCAGUACAAUUAGAAUGGUCUCUAUGGUCCAGAGAUGUAGAGGAAGACGUAAUCCCUACUUGCAGGGAGCUUGGAAUUGGAAUCGUAGCAUACAGCCCCUUAGGAAAAGGAUUUUUGUCAUCUGGUCCAAAACUACUCGAGGAUUUGUCGAAUGAGGACUUUCGGAAGCAUAUACCAAGGUUUCAAGCCGAGAAUCUUGAGCAUAACAAGAUCUUGUACGAGAGAAUUUGCAAAAUGGCAGAGAAGAAAGGAUGUACGCCAUCUCAACUAGCCUUGGCUUGGGUACAUCACCAAGGAAAUGAUGUGUGCCCCAUCCCAGGUACCACUAAGACCGAAAACCUCAACCAGAACGUUGGAUCUCUGUCGAUUAAGUUAACAACAGAAGACAUGGUGGAGCUUGAAUCCAUUGCUUCAGCUGAUGCGGUCAAAGGUGAAAGAGAUGCUUCUGGUGCAAAUCACGAAAACUCUGAUACUCCUUCCUUGUCAACAUGGAAGGCUACAAGAUAAGACUUUUGCGCACUUUCCACGUUACAAUGUAUUUGAAACAUGUUCUUGUUGGAAAUGGUAAACUUAUUAAAGUAUAAAAAAGUGUCUAGGCUCAUUUGUACUUUUGAGUCAUCCUAGAAUGUUCAUUAAUCAUUAUUCAUAUAACUUGAAGUUUAAAGGUC